AUGUCCCAAUAUAAAACGGCUAUUGGGAGUCCAGCAGUCCCUGUUUCUGGACCUGACAACAACAGAUACCGCACACAAGCCCGACAACUGCAAGAACUUUUCCCUUCAUGGUCCAAUGAUGGUGUGUACGCGUUUGUACAGUCUCUUUUGCACGAGGUUGCUGGCGACGUUGAACUAGCUGCGACUCGUAUCAGCGAGGGACAUGCCGAGCAAUGGGGAGCGGUGACUCGCAAAAAGGACAAGAAGCCGAAUGGACUUUCGCACCCACCGAAGGAGUCCGCCUCCACCACCCGAACCGAUUUUCGCGGUGGAAGAGGCGGCGCACGUGGCGGACGGGGUGGAUCCACUCGAGGCGGUACAGUCCCUCGAGCUCGUGGAGGAGUGCGGACAACUAACGGUCAACACCAUAUCACGUCGACCGAUAACCCUCCUGCUAUCGACAAGUCUGUUGAGAAACCGCCAGCAACAGCAGCAGUUGUCGACAACCCAUGGCCUGAACAAGCUCCAACUUCAUCUUGGACUGAACCGAGCGAGAGUGUAUCUGCUACUCCGGCAUCUUGGGGAAACACGAAAGAACCCGAGCUCAACGAUACUCCCAAGGUGUCUGCGAAGACUCCGGCGACCUCCAAAAUGUCCUGGGCUCAAAUUGCACGGCCUCAAGAAAAGCCUGUUUCAGUACCAGCACCCCCACUACCCAGCACCACUCCUAUUCUAGAGCCCGAGCCCAAGGCGCACACCGAUUGGGAAGAGCCUACAACUGUUCAACCACCUCCCUGGGAAGAAGAAGCACCAACCAUAAAGCCAUCUACAUCUACCUCUGCAGCCGAUGUUUGGGCGUCGGCUGUCACGGCGACCGAUGUUGAAGAGCCCAAGCAACCGGAAUCCGAGCGACUUGAGCAAAGCCAGAUACUCCCACCUGCACCCACGUCUCAUCGCAACAGCGCGCGAUACAAGCUCUCUGAUCAAGCGGUAGUCAUGCCUAGCUCGUUUGGUACAGGUCUCGAGAAAGUGGGAAUGCAAUUUGGAAGUCUCAGUCUCGGCAGCGAUGCUUCAUUUGAAGCCACGCCAGAAUCGGAUCUUGCACCAGAACCCCAACCUUCAACGACAUCUCCACCAGUGGUAACUUCAGUUCACCAUGACCCUCCGCCUCAAGCUACAGUCCCACCAUCGUCGGCCUCUCUGGGUUCCGCUCUAUUCCAACAAAGUUUGCCUCCACAAGCUUCACAUUCACUGCCGAGCUCCAUCUCUCAGCCCGUCGUUUCUCAGAAUCAGCAAAAAAUCGAUUCACAGUCCUCCCAGGAACUAAAUCAGCUAACCCCACAACAACAAUACAUGCAACAGCAUAUGGCUGCUGGAGGCUACGUUCCCCCGCAUGUCCAACAACAACAACAACAACAACAACAACAACAACCACAACAGCAGCAGCAGCAGCCGCAUCCGCAGCAAACGCACACUCACCAAUAUUCGCAACACGGGUUACCGACUCACCUUGAUCCCUCUCAACCAGCCCAGCAGCAUCAAUCUGGCACUGGUCAUUCGAGUUAUUUCAGAAACGAUCACACCUCGGCCGCUUCAACACCUUACUUUCAUGCGGCGACGCCCCCUGCCAACCAAGGGCCCGAUACACCAUAUGGCGCAUUUGGUCAACUCGGUGUUCAUCAAAGUCAAGGCGGUCAUUUGGCUGGUUUUGGCCAAGACUACGGUCACGAUAGCCCACGAGGCUUUUAUGAGUCAUAUCAGCCAUCCGGCUUCAACCGAGGUGCGCUGAGCCACGAUGACGUCAAAGGACUCUCCAGUGCUUCUCAGACACAACCGAAUACGGGUGGUCUACCGCCGCCCGCGCCUUCUACGGGUCAACAUGGUAAUGGCCAGAAUUCUGGCCAGCAACCGCCGCCAAAUGGUGGACCACAGGGUCAGCAAUAUGCGCCACCAGUUCCUUAUUACUACCCCUACCCCCAAAAUCAAUACUACGGCGCACCAUACAACUCGGGUUACAGUGUCCCGCCCUACGUCAAAUACCCCGCUAUGUUCCCUGGGCCACCUGGGCCCGCGAAUGGACCGGCUCCCAACCAACAAUCUCAGAAUACUCUCAAGGGUCAAGGUCAAGGCCUGUAUCAAUCGGGCUACGACGAUUACCCUGGACAGCCACAGCCACAGCCACAGCCACAGCAGCAUUCACUCAGUCUCACACAAGAUUAUGGGAAACCUCUCUAUGGGGGCGGACAAGGUUUCAUUGGACUCAGUGGACCAGGUGCGGCGGCUGGCCCCCAAGCUAACGCCCGCGGUGGUUCGCCUGAGACACAAUACAAGCCAUAUGGGAAGGAUGUUGGCGUCGCAGCUCGAGUUCAGCCUGGACAACAACAGUCGCAAGGUCAACCUCAAAACUCAGGGCAAGGACAGGGCGUUCCCCCAGGUCAGGGUUUCUAUGGAGGGAAUCGCUUUGGUGGCGUUGGGGGUAGUGUUGGCUCUGGAGCAACUGGCCCCCAGCAAAGCACUCAUCACCAAGCGGCUCAUUUGGGCUAUUCACAGACACAAAACGAGUUCUAUCCAUAUCAAGGCAGGCAGCAGCAAUACUGGCAGUGA